AUGGCAGCCCAAGCGAGCCCUAAGUUCCAGGGAUGGCUCGGCAAGACGCCCGAAUCCAUCAAGGGGAAGAUGGAGUGGGGUGACUUUGAGCCCAAGAAGUGGUCCGAAGAUGAUGUCGACAUUGAGAUCUCCCACUGCGGUAUCUGCGGCAGUGACCUGCACAUGCUGAAGUCUGGCUGGGGAGAGACGCCAUACCCUUGUGUCGUCGGCCACGAGAUCGUGGGCAAGGCCGUUCGUGUCGGCCAGAAUGUCAAGCACGUCAAGGUCGGUGAUCGUGUUGGAGUUGGCGCUCAGGCUCGUUCCUGCUUGAAGCCGGACUGCGUGGACUGCAGCAACAGUGAAGAGAACCACUGCGCCAAUGGAGUCGUCAACACCUACGGCUCCAUCUACCCCAAUGACGAGGGUAAAUCGUAUGGCGGCUACGCGGACUACAACCGCACCAAUGGCCAUUUCGUCAUCCCUAUUCCUGAAGGCCUUGAUUCCGCUGACGCAGCCCCCAUGUUGUGCGGUGGCAUCACCGUCUUCUCGCCGCUGCAUCAAAACGGCUGCGGACCUGGCAAGACGGUCGGCAUCGUCGGUGUCGGUGGUCUCGGCCACUUCGGUGUGCUGUUCGCAAAGGCACUCGGCGCCGACAAGGUUGUUGGGAUCUCGCGAAAGGCCAGCAAAAAGGACGACGUCCUCAAGCUUGGCGCUGACGCGUAUAUCGCGACCGACGACGACAAGGACUGGGUUGCCAAGAACAGGCGGUCUCUGGACCUCAUUGUCAGCACUGUCUCGAGCGAGAAGAUGCCUCUUCAAGACUACCUGUUGCUCUUGAAGACUAAGGGCACGUUUAUCCAAGUUGGUGCUCCUGACGGCGGCAACCUGCCCAACAUCAACGCUUUCACUCUGAUUGGCAACGGUAUCAAGGUUGGAGGCAGUGCCAUCGGCGCUCCUAGCGAGAUCAAGGAGAUGUUGCAGCUGGCCGUUGACAAGAAGAUCAAGCCUUGGGUUCAGGAGAGGCCAUUGAAGGAUGCUAACAGUGCUGUGGUAGAUAUGGAUGCUGGUAAGGCCAGAUACAGAUAUGUGCUGGUCAACGAGAACUACGGCAAGCACUAA